UGUUGGCGGUCUGUGUGUGUGUGUGUGUGAGUGAGUGAGUGUGUGCGCGCACAGGCAAGGAGCAGCAGGCUGCAGAGUUCGGAAGCACUUGACGCGUUGUUAAAGCAAACAUCUCUGUUCAAAUGGCAAGCUUUGAAGAAAUCCAGGUGAAGGAGCUGAGCAAGCGCACUUCAGGUCAUGCAUUUGAGGUCAUCCUGAGCCCCUCAACCCCAGAUGCCAAGGGGGAAUUUCCACUGUCCCCUCUUAAAAAGAAGGCAACAUCCCUGGAUGAGAUCAAGAAGAAACUGGACGCUGCACAAGAAAGACGCAAGAGCCAUGAGGCUGAGGUGCUGAAGCAGCUGGCGGAGAAACGGGAGCAUGAGAAGGAAGUCAUCCUGAAGGCCAUGGAGGAGAGCUGCAACUUUAGCAAGAUGGCACAAGAGAAACUGAAUCAGAAGCUGGAGGCAAACAAGGAGAAUCGCUCUGCACGGAUGGCAGCUCUCAACGAGAAGUUCAAGGAGAAGGAAAAAAAGAUCGAGGAAGUGAGGAAGAACAAAGAGGCGAUGAAAGGAAGAGAAUGACCUGGACAACCGUCUUUACAUCUCCAAAGAAAAGCUCUAUUUUUUUAACUUACUUUUCCAUGUUAUUCUUUGUUGUAUUAGCUCUGCUUAUGCACUUAGGUUUUGUGUGAACGUGUAGAUGAGUAGAUUUCCCUUUGGCCAAAGUUCUAGUUAGAAAGUUCAUACUUGUGGCUUUGCAAUCAACUUGUUAACUGAUCAUUUGAUCGGGCUGUGCGUUUGAAUAUACUGUGCGAUACCAUGGUUCUACGAAUAAAGUGUUGUGUCCUGGAGAGUUCAAAAGGUGUUCACCCUUUCAAAUGGAUUUUGAAUGAAAUGCUACAUUUGUUGAACAACACAUGAUCAUUGUGUAGGUCAUUCAUCCAUGUGGCUGCUACACAAAUGUGUGCUUCAUAUUAAACUCCAUUGAUUAGGGGCUUAAAUAUCACAUUUCCUGUAUGUUUGAGGACAGCAAAAGAAGUGGAAAUCUGUCUGGAUCACGAAGCUUUAUAAACAAGUAGUGAGGUAAAGCAGUAGGAAAAUGUAAUCAACAUUUGUUUAUGUUUAGUUUCUGGCUGCUUUGAGAAGGCUGUAGUUUUCAUCCAUGACUUUUCACAUAAUAAAGGUUUGUAACAAAGAGA